AUGGCAUCUGACACGGCUGAAACAAUCGUCAGCGUCCUCGCGACCAUCGCUACGGUCUGUAUCUUUCUGAGUAUGGUACCUGGUAUUUGGGCUGCUCAUAAGAAGAAAAGUAUGGUGGGCAUCAACUACUACCCGCUCGCAAUGAUGUAUGCCCAGUCCGCUGGUUGGGCUAUCUACUCUUGGGCUGAUGACUCCUUCUUCCCCGUGGGAGCCGUCAACUGCCUCGGUGUGCUGCUCGGUGCCAUCUUCUCGGGCGUCUACGACGACGAUAUCGCCAAAGUGCUAGGCUAUUGUGCAGACGUCCUCGCCAUUAUCAUGUUUGGAUCACCGCUGCUGCAGCUUGGAGAGGUCGUUAAGACGAGAAACUCCGAGGUCAUUGCAGCGCCUAUGGCUAUCUCCGGCGCCAUCAACGGUGUCUUCUGGUCAAUUUACGGAAUAAUGGUAACGGAUUACUAUGUCAUCGUCCCAAACGUCAUCAGCGGCUGUUUGUGCUUCGUACAAGUGUUUUUGAUCGUCGUUUUUCCACGUAAGAGCGAAGACGACAAAUCGCUCAAGUUCUUGGAGAACCGAUCCGUUAGCGAAGUGUAA